CAGUGUGGAGGAGAGGAGGGGUCAUUCAGGGUGCUGGUGGAGAAUGAGGCCUGUGGGGUCGUAGGUCAUCGCUGCGCUAAAGCUGUAACAGUCUACUACCAGGGAGGACUCAUCACUAUGGAGCACGGACAGGUGAGGAUGAGGAGGCCAGUGAUGAAGGGUGUUGAGGUGGAGAUAAUUCGCUCUGGUCAGUUCUUCAUCCUGCUGCUGGGGAAACAUAUCUCUAUCAGCUGGGACCUGGGGACCCGCCUGCUAGUACACAUCUCCUCACAGUACAGGGAGCAUGUGUGUGGUCUGUGUGGUAACUAUGAUGGCAACGUGAACAACGACCUUCUGAGCAGCAACAACCAGCUGGAGGUCGACUCCACCCACUUUGGAAACUCCUGGAAGGUUAAACCCAGCUGCGCCGAUGCAACAAAGUUACCCCCUCCCUGCAGUGGUAACAUAGUGAGGUUGGUGACUGUGGAACAGUCCUGUCGUGUUCUAACCAGUGCCAUCUUCAGAGACUGCAAUAGUCUGGUGAGUCACAAACACACUACAUAA